UGCAGGAGCCGACUGCUUUGGUUGCCGGCAGGGCUUGCCGCUAUAUCAGCUGCCCGGGGGAGCUGGAGCGCGACGCCUAUGUGGCGCGCUACAGUGCGGGCGACACCGGCCAGGCAGGCAGGCAGCCUCCUCGCGUUCGCGUCCGCUCAUCACCGCCACCAUCAUCACCACCUAUCCCCUCGCGCGCCCCCCGUGUCCCGCUCGCGCCCCGGCCCCCGGCCGCUUCCGGGUCCGCAUUUGGCUGCUGGCUCCGUGCUCCUUGCUUCCUUCGCCAUUCGUUCCAGCGAGCUCUGAUCCGCGCUGGUUUGGGAGAGCUACUUGACGUUAAGAGGCAAGAGGUCGAGGUCAGGUGGUUCGGGUGAUGAUGCCGCCGUGGCUCAUGGAGAGGGGGAGCCCGGGGUGGCGGAGGGGGAGGUCCGCGCGGAGCCUCGGCGUCGUCGCCUGCGCCUUCGCCGUGGCCGCGGCGGUCGUCGUCUCCCUCUGCUUCGUCGGCGGCGCGCUCGCAUCAGAUCUCCGGAGGAAGACGGCGGAGGAAGCGGCGGCGGCGGCGGCAGGAGCCCAUCCCGGUGAUGAUCAGGCGGUGGCGACCGAGGUGCGGGCGCGGGAGCCGGUCUACCACCGCUACGGGCGGCGGCUGCUGUCGGGUGGUCCGGGGUCGCACCCGCCGCGGUGCACGUCCAAGUGCGGCAGCUGCAGCCCCUGCUACCCGGUGCACGUGUCCGUGCCGCCGGGGGUGCUCGUCACCACCGAGUACUACCCGGAGGCGUGGCGCUGCAAGUGCCGGAACCAGCUCUACAUGCCGUGACGACUGCGCGCGCGGCUCCGCCGUCAGAUGCAAGCCCCCCGUCCGUCCGACCGGCGCGUCAACAGCCACCCGCAACGAGCGCGCGCGGGAGGCCAGGACCAGCCUGAACCACGGCGCCUGCCCCGCCCGGCGGCCGCCGGCCCGUGCGCGUGCGCACGCGUGGGCCACAGCAUGAGCCUCGUGGCACGAGCGGGUUCGUGCGUGCGUGCGCGCGCGCGCGCGCCUUGGACCGGCGCCGGCGGGGCGCGCGAGGCGAGGCCGCGCCGCGCGUGGUGGUGUGGCCU